AUGGCACCGAAAGUACCCACCAUGAUUCCCGUGCACAGCGCGGAAGAUGUCACACGACACCUCACCGACCUCGUCCCAGGUUUGACCAUAACCGAGACAGAAGACAGCUGGGAGAAGAUCUCCGUCGCGCUGCAGCACCUCACAGCGCUAAGCGCCGGUGGCGCCUGCGACUACCCCACCGCAGUCAUACCCUUCCUCAAAACGCACUCCCGGCCCUUCACAUCGGCGCUCUCCUCCGAGCGCUCGCGCCUCUCCGCCGCCGCCUCCGAAGCGCUCUCCGCCCUCGCGUCGGGCCUCGGCCCCGACUUCGAGCCGCUCGUGCAGCUCUACUUCCCGCCGCUCAUACAGCUCACCGCGCGCCCGAAUAAAGUGUUCGUCAGCAGGGCGAAGGCGGCGAUACAUGUUUUGAUCGAGCAGACGCAGCUGCCGGCGCUGUUGAGGCCGCUGUGUGAGGUGCUGAGGGAUAAGAGCGUGACGAUGCGGUUGAUCGCGCUCGAGGGGGUGCUGGCGUGCGUUAAUAGCUUGAAUCCGCCCGAGCUGGAGAAGGAUGUGAGGGCGGGGCUCAUUGAGGGCGCGAUCAAGGCUACCGCUACGGAUGCGGCCGCGGAUGUGAGGAAGGUGGCCAGGAGCGUCUUUGAGGCGUACAGCGUGCUGCUGCCUGCACGUGUGCCAGCGUUUACGUCCGGACUGGACCCAACCACGCGCAAAUACCUCAACGUCACAUCCUCCGCCGCGCCCUCCCGCCCAGCCUCGCAAGCAUCCAUCCGCUCCCGCCCCGCAUCGUCGCUCGCGCACCACGCACCACCGCGCCCCGCGACAUCAAUGUCCACGCGCUCUCUCACAGCCUCCGGCUCGUCCGCGUCCAUCCCGUCAAAGAAGGACAAGGACGUAAAGGAGAAGGCUGUCCCGCUCGCGAGGAGCAUGACCGAUGUGACGCUGAGCGCCAAGGAGAAGGAGAAGGAGAAGACGCAGGUGAAGGAGAAGGUCGUGGAGAAAGUGAGGGAUAAGGCGGCUGUGCCGCCGCGUCGGGCGCUGGCGAACGAUAUGCCGCCGCCACAGACUAUCCCGGCUCGUCGGCCUGCACCACAGGCUUCUUCUUCGUCGACUUCGAUGGCGCACAGGAGAGAGCCUGAUCGUCCACACGCUGCCGCGCCUCCGCUCUCGCGCUCUGGCUCAGCGCCUGUUCGGCCUGACGCCCACGUCCGGCCUGAGCCAACUGCGCUCGUAAGGCCUGAGAUGUCCAGCGGUCCGCGGUCUGCGACUGCUACAUCUACAACAUCUAUGCCGACUACGGCAACGGGGCAGAGCACGCGGGAGAAGCUCAUGGGUAGUGCAGGUGCGCGGAGAGCCGUGGCCCAGAUCGGUGUGGACGAGAAGAAGAGUGCUGCCGAUGAGAAGGAGAGAAAGAUUGCAACGCAGGCUGUUGCUGGACCUUCUACGAAUGCGACUACGCGGCAACGCACGAAGUCCCGUCCGCCACCGUUCAAACCUUCAACGACGACCACCGCUUCUACGGGUGCCACCAGCAAAGCGCCGCCUUCCACCGCUCCGGCAACGAAGUCCACCUUCGCCGCACCAACAGCCUCGAGCGCACGCGCAGGGCCCGCCACCACUAAACCUGGCCCACCGAACCCUCCACCAGCGACCCUCAAACCUCUCCCCGCAUCAUCCAAAGCCGCUCAUCCCGCACCGACCGCGCCGCGUUUUGGUCCCACUAAGACCGCGCCUCCGCUGAGCAAAGCAGCGUCAACCUCCUCGAUCGCAUCCAAGUCAGGCCUCGCGAAGCCUGUAUCGUCGAGCAGAAUACCGCCCGCCGUCAAGCCACCCGGAUACGCCCCUGCGCCCUCUGAGCCGAAGAAGCGCGCGGACCCGACGCAGCCGACGUUAUCGCAGUUGGCAAGGAUGAAUGCGAACGCCGCGUCUAAGAGCUCUGCGUCGACGAAGGCCUCAGCUGCGACGAAGGCGGGAAACACGCGGCCGCUUGCGCUUAGGAAUAAGGCCAAGGCUGCGUUCGUGCCUACUAAGAGGGGCGCGGUGAAGGAAGACGUUAAGGAUGCAAAGAAGGACGUUGGCACGAAGAAGGAGAAGAAAGAGAUGAAGGAGGUGAAGGUCGAAGAGGCGGCUGAGGUGCCGCUGCCAAAGACACCGGACGCGGUGGACGUGCCGUUGCCGAAGACGCCAGAGGCCGUUGAUGUGCCGCUGCCUGAGGCCGAGGAGGAGGAUGACGUGAAGGAGGAGGACGUUGAGGUUGAAGAACUCGAGGAAGAGGUCGAAGUGCCCGAAGUUGAGAUCGAGCACGCAGACGAGGAAAGCGAUACCGCCGCCACCGAGGCCAUCGUCGAAUCUACGCCAUCCAGCCCGCACGACACUCAACCGAACUCCCCCUCCACCGCUGGACCCGCCCUUCCCGCUGCCUCAGACGCAGCAACGCCCCUCCGCACACACUCCUUCCCCGCCCCCGACCCCUCCACCGGCAAAACGCCCAUCUCCUCCCUCGUAGCCGCGAUCCAAGCCGGCUUCCUCCCCACGCCCGGCGGGCCGCACGUUCUCUCGCCUCCAGCGAACUACGCCGCGCCCGGCGAAACGUGGAACGGGUGGCCCGCCGGUAUGGGCGCUUUUGCGCAGGAUCUGACGCCGCGCGGGAACAGGGUGAAUGCAGAGGAAGGGGUGGGCGAGGGGAUGGGCGACGAGACGAUGGAUAUGAGUUUGUGUGGGGAGGGGUGGAAAGUGGGCAUUGUGGGUAUGCCGGGGUACGAGGGGUAUGAGGAGGAGGGGAGCCGGGUCGUGUUGGGCGAGAUGGGGAUUAAUUGA